AUGUCACAAGAAAAGCAAGUCACCGUGCUGGAGCUCUUUAGAGUAUCCAGCUACCAACAGCCCAUCAUCAUUUCCAUUAUGCUCCAGCUCUCUCAGCAGCUCUCUGGAAUCAAUGCUGUGUUCUGUUACUCAACAGGAAUCUUCAAGGAUGCAGGUGUUCAGGAACCCAUCUGUGCCGCCAUCGGCGUGUGUGUGGUUAAUGCUGUCUUCACUGUAGUUUCUCUUCACCUUUUUUUUUCCUCGUUGCUGAGCAACAAGCUUCUUAGCACUAUCACGGUCGACUCCGUCCUGCAGCGGGAGCCGCUCGUCCUGGGUGGCCGCCUUGCGCAGCUUGGCUUUUCCUCCCUCGGUUACUUCGGGGCCCUCCCCAUGGGGACCACCCCUCCGCCGCCUUUACCCCGGAUCCUGGAUCCCCAGGGACUGCCCCCGACCCUCUUCCUCCCUCACUUCCUAGGGGGAGUUGGCCCGUGUCUGACCCCCAGCCUCGUGCUCCAGCAGCUCUGCCCAAUCGCAGCCUCGCCGUGGCUGGAGGCACCACUCGGGCAGCGCCAAAGAAGCGGCGAAAGAAGAAGGUGCGGGCCAGCAGCUGUCCAGCCGCUUCCACCACUAUCGGCAGCACAGGCCAAGUCUGCAGGGCGGCCGGAGCCCGGCCACUGGCCUGAGCAGAGCACAGGACGUCCCGGGCCCAGCCGCCGUCUUUACCCUGGGUGCUGCAGCCGCAACCCGCACUGA